UUCUCAUUGGUUUCCAGAGUGACGGGUAAGUUUUCGGUCUGUGCAAAGUCUAAGGAGUUUGCAGGCACUGGUGGCUGUCUGUUUACUCUGCUGAGCUGUUUGCUUUAUGGGGGCAGGAGCUGACAGUGGCCCUCCCUGUGUAGGCUUGUCAUGGAUCUAGGAGCCUCGGUGGCAUCUCCUGUCACAUAGGAAAAAAUGAAGAGAUCCAGGACAUGGGCUUGGAGGGCACCGGCAGAGCUGUUUCUUCUCUGCGCUGCGCUGGGUUGUCUCGGUUUGCCUGGCUCCAGAGGUGAAAGGCUGCCUUCCUUUGAGUCAAGUGUAGUCAACAAGAGCUUUGCUAAGAACAGACAGACACGGAGUGUGGAUGUGACCCCUAUGCCUAUAGAUUGUGAGCUGUCCAGCUGGUCCUCCUGGACCACGUGUGACCCCUGUCAGAAGAAAAGGUACAGACACGCCUACUUGCUCCGGCCAGCUCAGUUCCAUGGGGACCCGUGCAACUCCUCUGACAAGGAAGUGGAAGACUGUGUUACCACCAGACCAUGCAGAAGUCAAGUGCGAUGUGAAGGUUUUGUGUGCCCGCAGACAGGGAGGUGUAUAAACCGCAGACUUCUCUGCAAUGGGGACAAUGACUGCGGAGACCAGUCGGACGAGGCAAACUGUAGAAGGAUUUAUAAAAAGUGCCAGCAUGCAAUGGACCAAUACUGGGCAAUCGGCAGUCUGGCCAGUGGGAUAAAUUUGUUCACCAACAGUUUGGAGGGCCCGGUUCUCGAUCACAGGUAUUAUGCUGGUGGAUGCUCCCCGCAUUUCAUCCUGAACACAAGGUUUAGGAAGCCAUACAAUGUGGAAAGCUACAUGCCACAGACCCAAGGCAAAUAUGAAUUUGCACUGGCAGAAUAUGAAUCGUACUCAGAUUUUGAGCACAACGUCAUAACGAAAGCAACUGGAAAGUCUAGUUUCAGUCUGGGUUUUAAAAUAACUGGAAAAUUUGAACUUGGCAUUAAUAGCCAAAGUGACCGAGGCAAACAUUAUAUCAGCCGAACCAAACGAUUCUCUCAUACUAGAAGCGCAUUUCUGCACGCGCGCUCUGACCUUGAAGUAGCACAUUACAAGCUGAAACCCAGAAGCCUCAUGCUCCAUUACGAAUUCCUUCAGAGAGUCAAGCGGCUGCCCCUGGAGUACAGCUACGGGGAGUACAGAGAUCUCUUCCGCGAUUUCGGGACCCACUACAUCACCGAGGCCGUGCUCGGGGGCAUUUAUGAAUACACGCUCAUUAUGAACAAAGAGGCCAUGGAGAGAGCAGAUUAUUCUCUUAGCAACGUCCAUGCUUGUGCCAAAAACGAUUUUAAAAUUGGUGCUGCCAUUAAACAGGUCUACGUCAGUCUGGGGGUGUCGGAAAGCAAGUGCAGGGGUAUUCUCAAUGAAAUCAAAGACAGAAACAAGAGGAGCACCAUGGUGGAGGACUUUGUAGUCCUCGUACGAGGAGGGGCAAGUGAGCACAUCACCGCCCUGGCAUACAAGGAGCUGCCAACCGCAGAACUGAUGCAGGAGUGGGGAGACGCAGUGCAGUACAACCCGGCCAUCGUCAAGGUUAAGGUGGAGCCUCUGUAUGAACUAGUGACAGCCACAGAUUUUGCCUUUUCUAGCACAGUGAAGCAGAACAUGAAACAGGCCCUGGAGGAGUUCCAGAAGGAAGUCAGCUCUUGCCACUGUGCUCCGUGCCAAGGGAAUGGAGUCCCUGUGCUGAAAGAAUCACGCUGUGACUGCAUCUGUCCUGUUGGAUUCCAAGGCCCAGCCUGUGAGAUCACCGAUCAGAAAAAUGUUCCUGUUGAUGGGAAGUGGAGUUGCUGGUCAAACUGGUCUUCAUGCUCUGGAGGACAGAAAACAAGACAAAGGCAGUGUAACAAUCCACCUCCUCAGAAUGGGGGCAGCCCCUGCUCAGGCCCUGCUUCAGACACGCUCACCUGCUAGGGGAGGGAGAGCUUCUAGCAGAUGAUACCGCUGUGGGAUGCAACAGUGAGAGCUCUGAGCCCUCCAGAACUCAGGCCAGCUCGCCCCACACCACCUCCCACCUGGGCUCACCCAAGGGCGGGGGCAGUGCCAUUCAGGCUGUUUAAAAUAUAGACAUUAGUUUGUAAAAUGCACAUUGAUUUGGAUUGUGAGUUAAAUAAAAAUUGUAGGUUCCUUAAGGGCUUAAGCAUCUUUACAAUCCUCACUUUGCUCACUCUACAAUUUUAUUUCAUUCAUAUUUACUACCAACCAGGAACUGUAUUGGAAGUUGUUCACGUUGAGGCUCCACAAUCUGUCAGUGACUAGCACAUAGUAGCUGUCUAAUAAUGAAUCGAUGAAUGGAUAUUAAGUUGUUCUUUCCUUGACAAGUACCAGGUCUUGGUCAAUAAUUACUGGCAGUUAAUGUUUAUUGGAUAAGUACUAUGUGCUAGCCACUGAUUCGGUGUUUUAAUUCAUCCCAUCCUCAUGACAACGAGAUGCUGUUAUUAGCCCUAUUAAACAAUUGGGGGAACUGAGGCUUAGAAUAGUUAAGUAACUUGUCCAAAGUUACACAGUUGGAAAGUGGCAGAGCUGGGCUGCAAACUUGGACUAUAGAGUUUUAAAUUCUUAACUAUGAUGCUCUCUUAGCUCUCAGUAAGUGAUUAACAAGAAAUUUUGAAUGAAAUAAAACACAGCAGAAAGUACUAUGGAUGUAUGUGUGUGUGUUGUUGACAAAUCUCUCCCUGCUCCCUUCUGAGAAGGUUGGAUCCUGGUCCCUCAGCUCACUUUGAUGCUGAGCACAGGAAGGGCAUGCUUGUGCACGUCAGAAGCAGAGUUGUGGGGCAGAGCAGAAUUGUUGUGCUUAAUGAAGGAGUGACAUGAGUGGGUGUCCAGGAGAGAUUCUUCCUGAAUGAGGGAAAGUUAAAGAUAAACGACAGAAGGCCAUGGUGGCUGGAAGAGGAAUCACGUUAAGGAGAAAUUCAAGUCGAUGAUCGUGGGACAAUAUGCAAUGUAAACCCUCCCCUACAUCCCCUAUGAAAUUGUCAGUACAUUCUACUUUGCUCACUCACGCUUUUGUGCAAAUACCAUUUUGGGAGGGGAGCUUGAUGAGGAGAAUAAGAAGACAACUGAUGUUUAGGAUACCAAAAACCAAAAUAUUUUUUGUUUACUAGAUUGUCAAGUAAAUAACACUUACGCUUUAUUUCUCUUGGUCAUUCCAUCACAUUCAAACAUCCCUCAAUAUUUCAUUUGCUCUUGAACAUUUCCUGUCUGAUUGAAGUACGUCAGGUGAAUGUGUUGAAAUAAAAUUGGUGGGGAAAAUAAAGCCCUUGGCUA